AUGUCAGAUUGGAAGCAGAAAGGCAAAGAGAAGGCGGACUCUGUGCUAGCCCUGAUACCCAAGGAAUGGCGCCUUGACAAGAUACCUUCGGUGGAAGAGCAGCGAGAUGUCACUGGACCCUACAUUCAGCAGUUCCUCUCGGAGGAAGAGAUAGCCAUCACCGAAACAGACGCUGUUGGCAUUGUCAAACAGACGACUGCGGGAGCAUGGAGUGCUGUUGAUGUUGCCAAAGCGUUCUGUCAUCGGGCAGCGCUGGCACAUCAACUCGUCAACUGCUUGCAUGAGAUCUUCUUUGACGCCGCCAUUCAAGAUGCGGAGAAUGCAGACAAGUACUUUGCGGAGCACAAAAAGCCCAUCGGUCCGCUCCAUGGCCUGCCCGUGAGUCUGAAGGACCAAUUCCACGUCAAGGGCGUAGAUACGCAUAUGGGCUACAUUGGCUGGAUCGGAACGUUCCAAGGCAAGAAAGAUACAGGUAAAGAGAAGGUGUUCGAAUCAGAGAUGGUCAAAGAGCUUCGAAGCCUAGGCGCAACGCUGUACUGCAAGACAUCUGUACCUCAUACCCUGAUGUGCGGAGAGACGAUCAACAACAUCAUCGGCUAUACCUACAACCCCAAGAACCGCAACCUUGCUUGUGGAGGCAGUUCCGGCGGAGAAGGUGCACUCAUCUCUUUGCGCGGUUCACCUGUCGGCUUCGGCACUGACAUUGGAGGCUCCAUUCGCAUCCCUGCUGCGUUCAAUGGUCUGUACGGCAUCCGGCCUUCGCAUGGACGGUUACCGUACGAGGGCAUGGCGAACAGCAUGGACGGUCAGAACAGCAUACUCUCGGUUGUUGGCCCGCUUGCAACAAGUCCUGAUGCGCUCAAACUCCUUGUUCAGGGCUUGUUGAGUACCCAACCAUGGCUGCAUGAUCCUCUCGUCAAUGAGCUACCCUGGCGCGACGAAGCGGAACUGGCCAUCCUCGACCCGCUGAAGCGCAUCAACACCCAGCUUUCCUUUGGUGUGAUCCGUCACGAUGGCGCUUGUGCGCCGCAUCCACCCGUAGCUCGUGCUGUUGACAUGGUUGUCCAUACACUCAAAAGGCUUGGCCAUAACGUGAUAGACUGGAAGCCUACCGUAACACACUCCAAGCUCGCAGAGAUCUGCAUGAAGAUCUGGAGCUUCGAUGGCGGCGCCGAUUGCCUCGCUGAUUUUGAACUGUCAGGCGAGGAUAUGGCUCCCCAAGCCAUCGUAAACCCUGCGCCGCAAGCGAACGCCAGCGAUAUCAUGGCCGCGAACAUUGCGAAGCGCGAGGCGCAGAAGGCAUACAUGGAGUACUGGAAUAGCACGGCCGAAGUGAGUGGGACUGGAAGGCCGGUUGAUGCUGUCAUCAGUCCACUGGCGCCGUUUGCGGCUGCGAGACCUACCAUGUAUAGCUACUAUGGGUACAGUGUGUGGGUGAACGUGCUCGACUAUACGAGCGUCGUGGUGCCAGUGACCAAUGUGGAUAAGAAUGUGGAUAAGAAGGCCGAGGGGUUCAAGGCGGUGGAUGAGACUGACCAGAAGACUCAAGAUCACUACGAUCCGGAGAUAUAUGACGGGGCGCACGUUGGCGUUCAACUUGUUGGCAGACGGUUGCAAGAGGAGAAGAUGAUCGCUUUGGCGAAAUACGUCGGGGAGGCAAUGCACGGGACCAAGUAA